UCUCGGCCUUCCCUCUGUCCGUGGCGAUAAUGGACUCGGACAACGACACCAUCUUCGAGUGCCUGAUAUCUAACCGCACUGCGAUCGACUAUAAGACCAAGAUGGCCAUGUUUGUCUGGACCAUUGGAGCGCCGGGGAAUGCGUCCAAGCAGGAAGUCCCGUUCGUUGUGUCACCGGGGACUACGCCUGGGACAAUGGACAUGAUUAUUGGAAAUGAUCCAGAGAUAAAGCAGGGCAUAUUCUACUACUUUGGUCAACACUGCAUUGUGAUGGAUCUCGAGUACAACGGUCAUCUGUGCAUUCUGUGGACAGCGCUGCAGCUGAUGCACAAUGUGCCUCCGGAGUGUAUCGACCAAUUUGUCGACACCUGCGGCGUAAUUGCUGAUCCGCACAGAAAUGACCUCUGCCCCGACUACUAACGAGGCUGGGUACUUGGCCAGAAGGCACAUGGAUGUUUCGUAUUGCUUUUCAAGAAGAAGACGAAAGGCAAAUUCU